CCAAUGGCAUGAAACUGUUGGAGUACAAGUCUUUCACUGCACAGCAUCAAGGACAUUCUUAAAUGCAUCCCAUCAUCUGAUCCUGCAUAAGCCACUCUGCUUCAGACACUCACGCACAUUCAUUCAUCCCUAGAGCACAUACACACCAUCACCUUGCUGCAUCCUGUUCUGCAUCUCAUCUUCCUCUUAAACAGCAACACACUAGCUUUUGAAAUAUUCAAGUGAUUUAUUAUUUUUUUUGUGUGUAUGCUGGUGUAAAUGCAGGAUGUUUUCUGUUGGAUUUUGGCUUUUACUUUUAACUUGGUCACAAGUCAGACCCAUGCCUCUGUCUAGUCAGAUCUCACAAGAAGAUGAGAAGAUCACAAAAUGCAUUGUGGAGGUUCUUGCUGACACCCUUUCCAAACCUGAGCCAGUGCCACUUAACAAGGAAUGCAUGAAGAUUUUGAAAGAAGAUGAAAGAGUCUUGGCUAUGCUGCAGCAUCAAAACCUUCUGAGAGAAUUGGAGGACCUGGCACACCAUGAAACGCCACAAAACAAACACAGUGAAGAUCAGGAACUGUGGAAGGGAGAUGGUGAGAAAAGCAGCGAAGAAGAGUUUGAUGGUCGUUUCAAAAAGGCAAAAGAAUCUGAAAAGAAAGAUGCCAUAAAAAAGGAUGAGCAAAAAAAGGAUGAGGUCAACAAGCGAGAGCAUGAAGACAUAAAAGAAGUAGAAGAGAAGGAAAAAAUAGAGGAAAAGCAGAAAGAAGAAGAAAAAGUAAUGAAAGGAGAAGAUGAUACCAAGGUUAUCACAGAAGAAGCAAAGGAGGUCCUGGUUGACAAAGAUGAAGAGAAGAAAGAUGGAAUGAGGCAAUCUAGGGAUAAUUUGGAAGCAAAUAAAAGACGAGAGCACAAAGAUGAAGAAGAACAUGAUGCAUACAAAGUCAAAGAAGUUGAACAUAUUGACAGAGAAGAAGAAGAAGAAAGGGGUAGCCACAGGAAUGGAGAGGUCAAGAGGCAUUACAGUGAAGAAGACAGCUUUGAAGAUGAUGAAAGAGGUCAUCAUGAAGGCUUUCAUGAAGGCCACCAUCAAGGCCACCCAGGAAGGCACAAUGAUUGGAAAGAAGAUGAAGAGGAUGAGGAAGAAGAUGAAGAAGAAGAGGAAAAUGAAGAAAAAAAGAGGAAUGAAAAUCAAAGGAGCAUUAGAAAAAGAGUAGAUGAGAAUGCCAGUGAUGAAGAGACAGCUCAGUUUGAGACCGAAGAAAAAGGAAUGAAGAUUCUGAAUUCCAAGACACAAAUACAUGGUGGGCAUGGUUCAAAGUAUUUAGGAAAGAACAUAUGGAAUGACAAGAAACACCAUCAUCAUUAUGAGCCAGAAAGUAAUGAGGAAGAGGAGGAGGAAGAAGACAGAAUGCGAAAGCGGUAUCAUGAUAAUGAUCCCUACCUCCAGAAGAGGCAUCACACUCAUCAAGAGGAAGAAGAUGAAGAAGAAGAGGAGGAAAUGAAACUCAUAAAUGAAAAGGAAAAUGAGGAACGUGAAAGAGAGCACCUUGAAGAAAUUGAAUCCGAACUGAAAAAAGUAGCUGAGAAGCUUCACAAAUUCAGAAGGGGCUAGUGAUGGACACUAAGAGGCACUUAGCAUAACCUCUGGAACUAUCUUGUGUAGUUUUGUGAAAUUAAUCUUUUAUUUGUUAGUUUUACUUUCAGUUGGCUGUGUACUGUUAUUAAAAUGUGGGUAUAUUCUCCCACACCAAACAGACUGCAUCAGUGCAUGAUACAUUUUACAGCCUUUUCAAAGACGAUUCUCAGUCCUAGCAAUGUCAGGCUACAUGUGGAAAUGCUUCACGUGGCAGUGCUACAUGUGGUAAUGCUUGUCUAUACACUUCACUGAUAACUGAAUGCUUAUCUCUACAGAUUAUGAAGUAUAUUGUUUCAAUAGAAUUAUAAUGUCUAAUACUACUGCUGAAGCAGAUCCAUUAUGGAACAUGUUACGAGCAGUAUAAGCAAUCAUGAAUUCUUCAUGUAGAUGGAGGGCAGAAUAGGGCAUGUUUUAAUUUGGGGGACUUUGCAGCUAAUAUUAAACAAAAGUGUCUAGACAUGAAUAUCACAUUCAAAAAGAACAUCAUAAUAAUAAUUCCUGUUUUCCAGCCAUUCCAACAAAUCGAGAAUAUUGGAUCUAAGGGACCCUAACAUUAAGUAUUGAUAAGUAUUGAAAUUGCAGAUCAGCCCUAAAACUGAAGCCAUUUAGCUAAUUUAGCCCAUAAAAUGUCUUUUCUUGAAAGUAGAGUGAUAAUUUUAGACUUCCAUACAUUAAGACUAUCAGCCUUCAGAGGCAGAUUUUAGACUUAUGUAAUAUUAAGACUAUCAGCCUUCAGAGGUGGCAGUGUGAGUGUCUGUGAGUAUGUGUGUGUUUUAAAAUAUAUAUGUCUGCAACAAGACAGAGAGCAACAAUUAAUUCUACAUAUUAAACUGUAUAUAUGCUCACAAAAAAAUGAGAAAAACAAUUUUUGCAACAAAAAUCAUAACAGUAUGCUUUAGUAAAAGCCUUUGCAAUCGAUGUAUUAAUGCAGUUUAUACUACAGAGUUAUUGAUCUGAUUCUCUUCUGUGUAGAUAGGUAGCCAUAGUGUGUGGCAUACUCCCACCGUGAAGUCUGACAAUGCUAUGUACUGUCAUAGGUGACUGUUAUUUUGAUAAUGGUAUAAUAAGCUGUCAUUUGUUUCAUUCCAGGGUUGGACAAACUUUACUUUUCUUGUCUGAAUAAAGACUGUAGAAUUGUUGACUUUGCUCUGCAGUUAUAAAAACAGUUACUUCAUUAUCCUGUAGUGCCCUUAUGUGGUCACCCUGUGGUCACUAGUCCAUUAGUUUUUUGCUGCACUGUUACAGUAAUGAAAAAUAUUCUUCAUAUUCAAUAUUAUAAAGUACAUGCACACACAUACAUGUUCUCAUCAAACAAGCAAUCUUCAUCAUACUAUUAUUAAUAAAUAGCAAAAUAUCAAAUUAGAAAUUACACAGAAUUAGUGAGUAAUACAUUUUAUAGUUUAGAGGGUCUUGGAUGAAAAACAUCAUGUUUGCUUCAGAACAGUUAAUAUAAGAAACAGUUUAUCUGAGAGAAACUCAUAUUCACCUUGCUUUUACUGAAAAUAUGCACAGAAAUGUGUAGAAGUUUAUAUUUAUGCCACUUACAUAUAAUUUCUGCAUUUGUUGAUAAUGAACAUUCUUAAAACAAUAUAGAAAGCAAGAUAUACAUUUAAAUAAAUGGUAAUCAGAGACAGCCAGAGCUCAUGUAUUAGAUAUUGCAUGAAUGACAGGCCCUUGCCCAUCCACAAGUACUGAAGGUGCUGUAUUUCAUGAAUAGGUUCCAUUUGGUCGUUAACUAGAGUAGAAAUGUUGCAGCCAUUGCCAUAUGCAAAUAGCUCUAAGAAAUAUAAUUAGAAGUAUGCUUUUUUCAAUGGCAUAUAAACCAUUGGUUAGUAAAUGAGAGACAUUUCUGAAUAUGUAAGCAGUAGCUAGCAGAAUUGAGGGCACUUAAAAUAAAUCCUUGCUCAUUGACACUUUUGAAGACAUCCUGUAUAACAUGUAUGCACAUAUCACGAAGAUAUCAGAAACUAGAUAUGGUCUGAAGAUUACUUUACUACUUUGCUUAUAAGCAUCUGCAUGGUUUAAAGUAUAAAAAUAUCAGAGAGAAGCUUGCAUAUUGUGUGUGUUUUCAGAUGAAAUGCUACAUACAAUAAUACAUAACUGUAACAGAGCGGUUUAACUCUGUCUCUCUGCAGUAUGUUUCAGUAACUGUCACAAUCUACUAGUCCAUUUUCCCUGUCUAAGUCAGUACCAGUAUUUAUAAUAUGGAAGAACACCAGGAAAUGACUUGCAAUGUUUAGCUUCUCUUCAUCCCCUCCUAAUUAAUGUUCUCCAAAUUUAAAUUGAUGGCCACUUAAAUUUAACAUGCAAGAAAGUACAAAUGAGCUGUUUAUCUGUCUGAAUCUGUGCUUAGCUAUGAAAGAAUUGAUAACCAUUGCAUCUUUUCGGUAUCUGAUUUUCAUGUAUUGUCUACACUUACAUUAAAUAUGGUAUAGGAAGCAAGCUUUAGUAAGAGGAUCAGUCAAGAGAAGAAUACAUGUUUGUCCAUCCUUGCAUGAAACUAUGCUUUCCAUGAGUUAUUUUCUCAUUUACUUUGAUAUUACUAUUUAUAAAUCUGUCCCAUAGGUGUUGGUGUGAGGUGGAAUGUUCUGCAGUCACUAACACAGUUUGGAUAAUGUGCUUUACUGUAAGUAUUUAACUGUUUUUGUGUAUAUAACUGUGUGGAAUAAUAAAGCACAGUACAAAAA